GGCAGCGAUUGCACAGUUGCCCACAGUGUGGAUCGGCACAGUUCCAGCCGGAGGUGCCGGUGGUUCCCACCGGCCCCCGUUUUUUUCGCGCAAAUACUACUCCGCAUUCCUCCACACUGGGCCAGGGAGAGUUAGCGCGGGCUUCCCAUCAACCGAGGCGAGAUAUAUGAACCGUGCAGCUUUCCCGGCGCAUUGGACGCGGCGGUCAACAACUCUUGCUUGAUAAAACCUGACAGCUCGCCCACUACUUGCACCUACACGAACGCACGACCAACAGAGAAAGAUCAAGAAGGAAAGGAAGAAAAACAGAUACAGAUACAGAUACAAUGGCUAAAUUAACGGGAGUCGACAUAGCGAACCAUAACACCAAGGAGUCGUGUUGGGUCAUCGUCCACGGAAAGGCUUAUGAUGUCACCGAAUUCCUACCAGAACAUCCCGGAGGAUCCAAAAUCAUCCUAAAAUAUGCCGGCAAAGACGCGACCGAAGAAUUCGAGCCGAUCCACCCUCCAGACACACUCGACAAGUACCUCGACAAGAAGUUCCACCUGGGCAAGGUCGACAUGAGCACGGUCAACAUUGAGGAGAAGCAGGUGGACCCCGACGAGGCGGCGCGGCAGGAGCGGAUUAAGCACAUGCCCGCGCUCGAGCAGUGCUACAACUUGUCGGACUUCGAGUACGUGGCGAAACAGGUCAUGAAGCGAACCGCGUGGGGCUACUACUCGUCCGGUGCGGACGACGAGAUCACAAUGCGGGAGAACCGGACUGCGUUCCACAAGAUCUGGUUCAGACCAAAGAUCUUGAUCGACGUGCAGCAUGUCGACAUGUCGACCACCAUGCUGGGCUCCAAGUGCGAUAUCCCAUUCUACAUCACUGCCACGGCGCUCGGAAAGCUGGGACAUCCCGACGGAGAAACGGUGCUCACCAAGGCCGCCGCGAAGCACGGCAUCAUUCAGAUGAUCCCUACACUAGCGUCCUGCUCGUUCGACGAAAUCGUCGACGCCGCCGACGGAAAGCAGACGCAGUGGUUCCAGCUGUACGUCAACAAGGACCGCGACAUCACCGCGCGCAUCGUCAAGCACGCCGAGCAGCGCGGCUGUAAGGGUCUCUUCAUCACCGUUGACGCGCCACAGCUCGGACGGAGGGAGAAGGACAUGCGUUCCAAGUUCUCGGACGACGGCAGUGACGUGCAGAAGGCCGGCGAGGGCGAUUCGAUCGAUCGGUCGCAGGGUGCCGCCCGCGCCAUCUCCUCGUUCAUCGACCCGAGCCUGAGCUGGAAGGACAUCCCGUUCUUCCAGAAGAUCACGAAGAUGCCCGUCGUGCUGAAGGGCGUGCAGCGUGUCGACGAUGUGAUGAAGGCGGUGGAGCACGGCAUGCACGCCGUCGUUCUCUCCAACCACGGUGGACGACAACUAGACACGGCGCCCACCGGAAUCGAGCUGCUGGCGGAGGUAAUGGCCGAGCUGCGCUCGCGGAACUGGCAAGACAAGAUCGAGAUCUACGUUGACGGAGGAGUUCGACGAGCAUCCGACGUGGUCAAGGCGGUGUGUCUCGGAGCGAAGGGUGUCGGUAUCGGCCGGCCAUUCUUGUACGCCAUGAGCUCGUACGGAGAACCCGGUGUCUGCAGAGCCAUCCAGCUGCUCAAGGACGAGUUCGAGAUGAACAUGCGGUUGAUCGGCGCCAGGACCGUGGCGGAGUUGACGCCCGAUCUGGUGGAUACCCGUGGUCUGCAGGUGCACACUGUCACCACUGGCAGCGACGUCCUGAACCAGACUGUGUACUCGCCGUUGACGAACCCGGUGUUCAAGGCGAGGGCGAACCUAUAGGUGUGGGUGUUGGCGGGAUCGUGUUGAUUUAUGACUUUUGUUAUCGGGGAAGCGUUGGUUGGUUGGCUGGCAUGUAGAUGAUAUCCAUGAGAAAGUUUGAAUGUAGCAUGUACCGGUAGCAGUGGGUGGUUACUUGUGUGAUAAUAGAGCGGGAUGCUACUAGUUACGAGAUGAGAUGAGAUGUGCCAGUCUGCGGUGUUUCUAGAAGUAUUGGAGAG